CCAUGCUACCAUUUCCUACCAUUAUCAACAUCGUGGAGAAGAUGGAAGGCUCCGCCGAAGUACACUUUGCUCAGAAACUUGCCUCUAAUGAAAAGAAAAUUAGAGACAGGGCAAUGAAACGCCUACAGAAGUAUCUAUCCUUGAAAUCGUCACAUGGAGUUGGUCUUAGCGAUGACGACUUUCUCAAGAUAUGGAAAGGGCUCUUUUAUUGCAUGUGGAUGCAGGACAAACCCUUAAUUCAGGAAGAAUUGUCCAAAAGAAUUACUGGCCUCCUUGGAUCAUUUCCCAAUAUCGAAGAUGCUCUGAGGUUUGUGAAAAUUUUCUUGGCCACUCAUGCCAGGGAAUGGAACGGCAUUGACAAGCUGAGACUGGACAAGUUCUUGAUGAUGAUUCGGGACAUGCUGCACAGAACUUUCUGCCUGCUCAGCCAGGCUGGUUGGCCGGUCCCCGCGUGCCUCUCCUUCUCCAGGAGCCUGUCGGAGACGGUCAUGCAGCCAGAGGAGUCGCGCCUGCCAGAUGGUCUAAGGCUGCACAUAGCUGACAUCUUUGUCGAAGAGCUGAGAAAAGUUUCUCUGAGCGAGAUGACAACUCCUAAGUUGGUGACUCUUCUCCAGCCAUUCAUCGUCUACAUUGUUUUCUCAAGAAAGGCUGAGCUGGUCCAGCGAGUCAUGUCUUGUGUGAUCUGUGAAGCCAUCAGCACGCUGCGGCCGUCAGAAGAAGGGGACAAGGAUGGUGAAGUAAAGACGGCAGAUCCUUCCUCCCAGGAAGAGCAAGACAUGGAGGUAGACACAGCUGAACAAAAAGAGGAUGAAGACGUUACGUUUCAGCUGGAUGUUAGUCUUCUCCUCCAGUGGAUGUUCCGACUGGCCCAGAAAAAUGAAGUGAAGGCCAAGAACAGGGCAGCUGUCUACAACCUGGUGAAACAACACCCUGAGGUUUUACUGAAAGUGAACAGCUCAGAGCAAGGUGAGGAUGACGACUUCUCCCAUAUUUUCCCUGAUUUUGGUCAGGCUUUUGGUGCUUCGGCACUCACUUCUCCAGGUGCUGGUGGUGAGCAGAAAAAGAGGAAAAGAAGGAGAAAAAGAAAGAAGCAGUCUAGUGGAGUGGUUGAGGACGGUGCUGGUGGUGAGGUUCCCGAGGGAGAAGUGAGUGCCGAAGUACCAAAAGCCGAGACAGAAGAAAAUGUGAAAGGGCCUCAUAAGAAAAAGAAAGGUGGCAAGGACUUGUCAGGUGUCAGUCAGGCGAAUGUAGGGGGUUUGGGGGCUCAGACUGAGGGGAAAAAAAAGCACAAGAACGGGUUACAGGUGAGUGAUGGUGGUGAUUCUGCCAAGUCUGACUCUGUAGUCGUAGUCACUCCAAGUGUUCAGAAAAAGAAAAAGCGUAAACUGUCUUCAGACGGGGAGGUGAAGGGUGUAAGUGCUGGUGGGGAUUCUCCCAGUGGGAACAGUGACCCAUUUCUAGGUCAAAAGUUGAAAAAGCGAAAGCUCUCGUCAAAUGCAGGGGCAGACAACAUCAAGAAGAGUGAAGAGAGCAGCGGCACUACAGAUGUGAUUAGCAGUGAUGGGUCACUAGGGGUGAAAAAGAAAGUAAAGGGGAAGAAGUCUCCGAAAAAAGUAACUGCUGAGGAGUCUGUCUCUGUGGAGUCAUCGUCGUCGUCCCUGUCUAACACAAACACUAAUGCCAGACCUAAGGGGAGCAGACUGAAAGUGGAGGCCGUCGAGCUCGUGCACUACCCACAGGCUCCAACGACCCCCCUGUCAGCUGGUCAGAGCGGUCGGGGGCUCACCUCACCUGUGAAGGUGGAGUCUUUGCAUUCAAAAUCUCCGAGUGACAUUAUUUCCGCCAGCAAUGUGGUAGGCGACGGGAUGUCUCGUCUGGAGUCGUCCGUCUCAUCAUCUUCAUCGGCAACAUCUCCCACUUCCCCUUCCCGCAACGCACAAGAAAAAUCGCCACCGUCCACCCCCAACGCGAAGCUGUCAAAGCCGAAGAAAGAUACAUCUGGCUCCAAAGAGGACAUGGAGACAUCGCCUGGGCUUUCUAGGUCAAGUGCAACAAGCUCAUGGACUGUGGUGGAGACAGCCCUGGCCACCCCAUGCGCCCUGGUCAAGAAAGCAGUGGCCAUGGUAGCCCCUGCCUCCGACCCGGGCCCAGCGGUUGAACACAAGCUGAUGAGUGAUCCUCCAGGUCUAGCCAUGACACCGGGUGCCAAGAAGAAGGUGGUGUUUGACCUCCGGAAGAACAAGGCUAACAAGUUCCAAGACUACCUGAAGAGCCUGGCUACGCAGGGUGCCCCUCCCUAUGAGCCCAGCAAAAGUCCAUCACAGAGUAUCCUCAAGCCACUGUCAGCCUCCCCUGCACCCUCAGAGGAUGGGAGCCUCGAGGUCUCAAGCGACCUGGGUUUGCCUGGUGGUGGCAAGAAGUCCCGUGCUCAGCGAAGAGAUUCUGUACCAGCUGGUCAAAGAAGUGCCAACAAGAAAGGGAAGAAGCAGACAGCAGCGUAUCGGAGUCGGAGCCCAUCUCCAGCUGUGACCAGGCGCAAGGCAAGAGCUAUGAAAUAGAUGAGACUGAUGUGUAUAUUACUGCCUGUGGUUACAGGCUGCAGGAUUGCUCAGAUCUUUUUUCUGCUCCCACAGCAUCUUGCCCCAAGUUGGAAGUAUGGUUUAGUUUUAUGGAAAUAAAGAGACAAAGAUUUA